UUUCUUCUCGCGGAGAAGUCCAGCAAGCACAAGCAACACUUUCGCAUCGCCCCGCUCGACCUUCUCCUUCGUCUCGUUCAUUCUACAAUGUCGACAUCCAACGGCAAGUCGGCUUUCUUCACCAUGGAAGACGCCAAGGCGUCUUUCAACCUCUUCUGCUGCGUCUGUGGUAUCGGUUCACUGGCCAUGCCUUCCAACUACGCCCGCGCCGGCCCGUUUUACGCGUCGGUUGCCUUAGCGUUCAUGAUCUUCGCCAACACCUACGCAACUCUCAAGUUGUCCAAGGUGAUGCUGGUGGCGCCGUCGUCUGUGAAGACGUACGGUGACCUGGGCGAGUGGGCUCUGGGCAAGUGGGGCCGCUUCUUCACGGUGGUUUCUCAGAUGGGUGUGUGUCUGCUGGUGCCGUGCGCCUUCCUGGUGCUAGGCAGCACUCUGCUGGACGUGCUGUUCCCUGACUCGUUCAGCCAGACUGUCUGGAUCAUCUUCAUGGCGCUCAUGGUGGUGCCAGUGUGCCUCAUCCCAACGCUGAAGGAGAGUGCUGGUAUGGCGUUCGCCGGUUGCAUGGGCACGAUCGUCGCCGACAUCAUCGCCGUUAUUGUGCUGCAGUGGAACAUGCGCGGCCACGGCUCCAUCCCGUCGCCCGAUAUCACGGCUCACCAGGUUUUGACCUGCUUCGGUAACCUUGCUCUGGCGUACGGUGCUGCUAUUGUGGUGCCCGACCUGCAGCGCGAGCACUCGGAGCCGCAGCGCAUGCCUCGUGUGGUGGUGAUCACGAUCUUGUUUAUUUCGGGCUUCUUCGUGGCGAUCGCCCUUGCUGGUUACACGGCCGGCGGCUGCCAGCUCUCCGGCAACAUCCUGUACUCGAUCGUGAGUACGUCGGACCCGCUUGGCUUGGCCCCUCUGGGCUUCACCGCCGACCGUGGUGCCGUGGUGAUGGCCUACCUGUUCAUGCAAAUGCACAUUUCGAUCGCUUUCUCGACCCUGAUGAUGCCCCCGUUCUUCAUGGCUGAGCGUCUGGUUCUGGGAAUGCACCAGAGCCCCGAGAUCGUCCGCUUCAACGGUGAGCACGACCAGGCCAACGUGGACCUUGACAUGGAGAUCCAGGAGAAGCGUUCGUACAUGCAGAGCUCGACCCCCAUGGACCCGGCUAACCGUCAGGUGUCUGCUUCGAGCCUGGUUGAGAAGGCGGAGGGCCGUAUGUCGCACCUGCGCGUCGCUCUGGAGUUCGGCGAGGAGAUCACGGAGGAGCAGCUCAACGAGCCGUACCGCAAGAACCCUCUGCGCUACAUGGCUCUUCGCAUUUGCAUCAUUGCGAUCUUGGUGGUUAUUGCCGUGCUCGCGCGCAAGCGUUUCCUCGACCUGCAGGACUUCACGGGUGCUACUGCCCACACGACGAGCUGUCUGUUGAUGCCGCUGAUCAUCUACAUGCGCGUGUCCUGGAAGAGCAUGACGAUCUUCGACAAGGGCGCGUCGAUUAUCUGUAUUGUGGUGUGUGCCUUCACGGGUUGCUAUGUCAUGAUCCACGCUGGUGAGCACCUGUUCGCGCCGUCGGAUGAUGACACCCUGUUCCCGUACUGUGAGGAGGAGUUCAUGAAUGAGCCGUACUACAUCCGCAACAACAGCACCAACUAAGCCGAAACCGAGCCGCAGCAGCGUUUGAAGCAGCGCAGCUUGGUAGUAUCGAUAUAUCAUAGUUUUUGUGGUAUUCUAAUACCUUAAA